AUGGCAACAAGUGGAGAAGAAGCAAUAGCACAACGUAUUUUACGUCUCACUGAUAUCGCUCAAGAACCACUGGAAUUUCUCUCUCCAAUUAGUGGCUAUGAAGAAAUGCCACUUGUUUCACUUGAAGAAACAGUUGAGAAACUUGUACAUAUUUUACCGACUGUUCAAAGUUAUGCCUAUGUCGCCAAACAACGGUGUAAAAAUCCAGCUAAUGGACUUACACAAGAUGAAUCAGCCUCAAUCAUGUUGUAUACAAUGGGAUGGGAACCGCUGGAUAAAUGUCUUUAUGUUGUAUUGAAUGCUACUUUGCGAACAGCCAAUCGUCAAAAACUCAAACCAUGGCUUCUUUAUUUAAGACUCUUUGUUAGUGCACUUAGUCGUCUUCCACCACUUCGUGAAACUGUAUAUCGUGGCAUUAAAUUAGACUUAAGUCAUGAAUAUACUAAAGGAGAAACAAUUGUUUGGUGGGGUUUUUCUUCGUGUACUAUUGAUGUAAGUGUUCUACAAUCAGAAUUAUUCUUAGGAAAGGAGGGAACUCGAACAAUGUUUACAAUAAAAUGCGAUUCUGCUAGAGAUAUUCGUAAACAUUCGUACUACCCAAUGGAAGAUGAAAUGCUCCUUCCAGCUGGUACUCAGUUCAAAGUAACUGGUUGUCUUGAUCAAGGAGAUCUUCGUAUCAUUCAACUCAAAGAAACUCAACCACCUUUUCCUCUUUUACAACCAGUGCCGUUCACUUCUCAAGCAAUCAAUUCAUCUUCUUCUGGUAAGCAGAAAUAA